AUGCUCACAGCCAGACUACUAUCAUCAACCCUUGCUGAUGAUGUGACUUCGAUUUUGCCAAUAUGUGAGACUGCGAAGCUAUUAGUUUCAACUGCGGCCGGAGACGUCCUAGUUUACGCUUUUGAGGGACAUGCACUGAAGUUAUCUCACACCUACAGCCACUUAUUGAAAAGAAAUGAUACAGAUACAGUUAUCAACAAUCUGCUUUACUCAGAUCAACUGAGCACAGUCUUCGCCAUAUGCGAAAAGAGCAUAGUCCUGUUAAACAGUACAAAUCUGAACCAGUUUGACAAGAUUGUGGACAAGAGAGGCAUCCAACAGGCCUGGGUAUUUGAAAGGCAGUCCGAGUCAUGUCACACAACUACCGCUCUACUAUACCGUCCUAAAAAGGCGUCGAGCUUAAAGCUUUUUCUGUGGAGAGACCGCACUUUCAGCAGCGUCUUGGAAGUUAAUCUCAACAGCAAGGACGAAGUGGUCAUGUCAGCUGAAAUGGGCCGUGGCGGAUUCAUUAUAGCAACUAAUUACAGCACUUAUCACUGGAAGCUAAGCAACACGAAUCUGACCGUGUUCGACAAGGUUGUUUCUCCAACGUAUCCUCAUAGCAUUCAGGAUGCUAUCAAAGAAAUGGAAUCUCAUAAAUUCAAGUCUGGAAAGGCGAAUGAGCCCGUUGCUUCAUCAAAUGAAUCGAUUUUGAGUAGGAAAAUGAGUUUUAGGCAGUUCUUCAAAGUCCAUGAUACUAAUGGCGAGCUUCACAACAAAAAGUUGAUCUUUCAACCCGCUAGUCAACCGCAUCCCAAGAUGAUGGAUGGAAAACAAAAGAAGAUUUAUGAAUUGAUUACGGAUGAUUCCAAGCUACUUUAUAUGUCUGUGAGGGACGGCCAUGAAUUUUAUGAAUCAAAUUCCGAUUUUGACUGUAUGCAGUAUCUGUCUUCGAAGUUUCUACUUCUUAACAGCAAAAAAGCAGUGAGGAUUGUCGAUUAUGAAUUUGGACUCCCUUACUUGGAUUUGCAAGUGGAAGAAGGAAUCAAGAAGGUUUUUCGAACGCCAGAUUCUACAUUACUGGUAUGGACAUCUGAGGACAACUUGCAAAUUUACCGAGUGUUUAUCACUGAUGAAUCAGAUGCUUCUUCUGAUGAAGCUGCUUACCAGGAGUUAGAAAGUUCAGGGAUGUCACUAUCAAUGAAGAAAAUAAUCUUCUGCGAAGCCAUCCUUUAUCCUCAUGACCGAGUUGCUCUGUGCGAAAGCUUUGAGUGCGAUGACCUUGAGGAGACACUAGAUCUAUACGCAUUAAAGCUUCGUGACUUGAAUGUUCUAUGGAGCUUAAGCUGCUUCGAACGCUGUCAAAGGUGUUUCGAACAGGUCCCCAAAGACCCUAACUUAGUUAAAAGGCUUUCAAAGCUGCAAGGAUUUGUCAUAAAGGAGAUUUUUGACAUCUUUAUUAAGUUCCUAGCCCCACCCGAGCUUGUUAUUGGCUAUUGCUUCUCUGAUUUUGUUCCUGAUGCCUUACAAGAUAGCAUGCCGAGCGGUACGAGUGUUUUUAAUAGCGAGCCUAUAAAACAAAUUCCAACUCAGUACAUCAUCAAAUGGUGCAUUCCUUAUUUAACAGAUACAAGAAGGGUCUUGUAUAACCUAGCCAAUGGAAAAAAGGUUGAAUGGAAACUGGAAGAUAGAAAAAUAAAGGUUGGGAUAAGGUUCUUUCAGAUAAAUCAUGGUCAAGAGCUUGAUGUGGGUACCCUCCUGAAAAUGGUUGAUACCACUCUCUUCAACGUCUAUCUCAAGUUUAAUCCCUCCAUGGUUGGCCCUUUUACUAGGGUCAAAAACUCCUGCGACUUUGAAACAGUGGAAAAACAGCUGCUCAAACAUAAGAGGAUACAAGAAUUGGUAGAUUUUUACUACCAGAGAGGCGAACAUGAGCUAGCACUGAAGCUUUUGAUUGGAUUAGAGAGUCAAAUCAAAUCUGAACACCAAAGUGAUGUUGCAAAUGAUAUCAAAACAGUUGUGGUGGAAUAUAUCAAAAAGCUACCAGAACAGGAUUCUGAUACUAUUUUCAAGUAUACCAAGUGGCUUGUUGAGAAAUUUCCCGAAGACAAAGAAUUUGUCAUAUCUAGUGUAUUCAUGAACUUCAGUCCAAAUUGUUCAAGGUAUGACUUUAUCAAUGCGUAUGACUUCAUCAACGGUUUCGACCAAAGCUUAUCACUGAAGUACCUAGAGUUCGUGAUUGACGCAUUUAAGACAACUCAAAAGAAGGUCUACAUGGAUUUGAUCCAGCGAUAUCUUGAGAACAUCCAUGAUGACAAGAAUGCAAAAAAGCUAGAGGCCCUUUUGAGGUCAACUGACUGUUAUGAGCCACGCACGGUUCUAAGACUAUUCCAGAAUUUCAUUGACUCGGACGAAUCUACCAACGGAGUUGACCGUCUCGUGAAAAGACUCAAGGUGUACCCUCUGAAGAUCAUGGGAGAACAUGGGCAAUCUCUUGCAAUCCUAGUAGGAGAUCUUUCAAAUUACAACCUUGCUUCAGCUUAUUGCUACGAUGUUUAUGUCAAUGAUGCUGAGACAGGGCUUUCACUUUUUAGUAAGCUCCUUGAUAAGUUAAUCAAGAAAGCAAAACUCAAUGAUGGCGACUUCAAAAACGUUUUGAAGUUUUUGAAGGAACAUGGCCCCAGGCUUGAUAGUAUUGAGACCCUCAAAAAGCUGCCAGCCGACAUGAAACUGAAAGACCUAAAUCAAAUAUUGUCGAAGGAGAUCGAGGCUUCUUCGAAUAGGAGAUAUACUUCAAGGAUGGAAAGGAACCUGCUACAGGUUGCAUUGGUUGACAAAACAUAUCAGUUGAAUAACGAGCUAACUAGAUAUUGCAUAAUUGGUGACGCGCAAAAAUGCUACGUGUGUCACAAGCACCUAAAGUGCAACACUGGCGAGACGUUUUUGAUGUAUGAUACACCAAACGCAGAAGUUGUUACACACUACAACUGCGGAAAGUCCAUGGAACAACUGCUACAAGCUAAAAAGGGCAAUCGUCAUAAGAUUUGGGGCGACUUACUAAAGUGA